AUGUGCUUAGCCACAGGAGUGACCCAACCGGAGGUCGUGCCCGGCGACAAGGCAGAUAAGCCUUCAUUGGUGGAGCUCAAGAAUGGAAAGCUCGUGUUUAAGCAGAAAACACUUGCCUUCGAGAAGAUGUCCGAGACUAUGCAAGAGAUUGUCAAGUUCCGUGAGAUGCUGGAGCAACGACUCGAAGCGAAGGAACCGCCUCUCAGCAAGGUGCCGGAGGAGCACAAGCGUGUUAUAACUAAACUGGUGCACGAGAGCGACAAGACAUUACAAGCCCUCUCCAAGCAUGUUCAGCAGCAACUACUACCGGCAGUCGACGAAGAUGAGGAAGAGGACUCCACUGCGGCCAUCCUUCCUCUCGACACAGUUGAAGACGCGAUCAAAUCCGUGGCCAAACGCGUGAACUAUGGACUCGACAAUCCGUUGGACGGUGGCAGGGCGCCUGCCGCAUGGCACAUCUGGAGAUGGGAGGUCUCGGACGAGUGCCGAGACUGGCUGCCAAAGAACACGAAAGAGAAGGUGGAGAACAGGUUGCGAGAGAGGCUGCAGGCCAAAAUCGACGUGAAAGCUUUGUUCGAGGCGUUGUCUGAAGAUGAGCGGGUUAUCAUCCUAGGCCUCAAGCAUGUCCCCAAGCCUCUCCCCAAGGCGAAGAACGCGACGAAACCUAUACCGGCACCCGCUGUGGUAGAUCUCACAGAUCCCGCGAAGAGCACACCACAACCUACCUCGCGACCCACGGAUAACGUGGAGAACGAUAUGCCCCAACCUAACACAGCUGAGGAUGUCUCGCAAGAGUCUCCUGAGAAGAAGGGGCCCGGUCGUCCGAAGAGACCUACUGACCCUGAUAAAGCGGCCGAACGAGCUGCUAAGGAAAAAGAACGACUAGAGAAGAAGGCGGCCAAGGUGGAGCGCGAGAAGAAGGAACAAGCCGCCCAAGCAAAGUCUCGGUCGAUCAUGGCCAGUUUCUUUGGCAAGCCAAAGCCUGCUGCCGUCUCUGGUGCAUCACCAAUGAAGGCAGGGCCGAGUCGAGACGGCGCGAACGGGUCCCCGGGACCUACGACGGCUCGGUCAGACUUUGAGCGCACGUUCAAGCCGUUCGCGUUGAAGAAGGGCGCGGUGCUUGCACCCGUGAACUGGUUUCAUGAGUGCAAGAGGCGUGAACGGCGGAGACAAGCCCGUCGGUCUCAGGGUGACGUUAUUGUCAUCGACGACGAUGAGGAAAGCAAGGCAGACGAGGACGUGGAGAUGGCGGAUGCGCAGGACGACGAAACCUGGCACACGCUUCCUCGUGAAGAGCGGAUACGCAACAUCCUAUCCCGCUUACCUCCAGGCCUGAAUCCUCCUCGACGACCACGGCAACCGACUGGCUACAAGACGUACUGGCCCAUCUCCGUACGCGGACUCAUGAACCAGCUGAACGAGGCGGAAGUCGCCGGGGACGACAACGAGGUUCGGCGACUGCUCGCCCUCCUUCGUUCACGGCGUGCACUGCCUGCGAAGGCCCUGGUGUUUGCGGACGACGCACGCCCAGGGUACUUCGGGACCUACACACGAAGCUCGCGCGAGGUCGGUCCGCGGACGCCAUUCGCGCGGGACGUCGUCGGGAUCGACUACGGGUACGACUCGGGCCUGGAGUGGGCCGAGGAAGACGCGGGCGAAGCAGACGACGUCUUCGAGGGCGACGGGGAGGAGGACGAGGGCGAUGAUGGGGAGGCGGACUCGGAUGCCGACAGCUGGCUCGUGGACGACGACGCAGUCGAGGACCCGGGCACGCCCAUCGAGGAGCGCCUGGGCUCGCCCGACUUCGACUUUCCCCCUUUGCCGCAGAAGCGCAAGAAGGAGAAGGAGAAAGAAAGGGCACAGGAGCCUGAGGGGGAACGGGGCGCGACGAGCAAGAAACGGCGUGUGGUCGUGCCCCUCGUGCCGUUCACGAAGGGCCCGGAGUGGGAGCCGGUGGUGAGCCGGUGCACGUACGAGCUGUUCAAGCGGUAUCGGAUACAGUUGUUCAACGACACGCCGUUCCCGAUCGACCCGUUUUCAUUCGUCUCCCAACCGGCCGAGCACGCCGCAAGCGGACAGCAUCCACAGCAGACGACAGACGGCUUCGUCAUCCCCGCCCUCCCUCCACACAUCGCCAAAUCCACAUCCUCUUCCUCAGUCCCCUCAGCCUCCGGUCCCAACGCAUCCUCGAACCCGCCAACGCCGUCAGGGCCAAAGCGGGGCGCGCCCGCGCCAAAGAACCCGUUCCCAGACGCGUAUCUGCCACACCUGCUUACACGGAUCGAGGAGCUCGCGACGAGCAGUCUGCAUUGUAUCGUGGAGACGGUGCAUCACGAGUUGCAGGCGCAUAAGGUGAAGAAGAAUGCGAUCGAGGCGAAGGUGCGCGAGGUCGGAGAGAAGAGCAAGGAGCGCAAGGUGUGGGUCGUCCGUCCGGAUGUGAAGGCACAACAUGGGAUGGCGUGA